GGGGCGGCUCGGCGGGGGCGGGGCAGCCCAAGUUCCCGGGAUUCCCUACAGAGAGGCUCCAUGAAGACCCAGUCUACCACCCACCGGUCACCGCCCCUAGGCCAGCACCGCACCUUCCUGUGAGGGCUUUGGCUGGCGAUCUCUGCAAAGCAAGGACCUCAUUCCUGGGGUCCUGCGCCUCAUCUAAACUCAUUUCACCCAGAGGAUUCCGGGACCUGCGCCGGUGAAGCGACUUGGAGUGUGCAAACUGAGCAGCAGCACCUGCCCGAGGCGAGUGCAGUAACUGAUGGAGGGGCCCCAGUGAUCCUGUCCUAGACGCCUGUCUUUCUUCUCUGCCGGUCAAGCUCGCGCGGGGGGAAAAUGUACCAAAGCUUGGCGCUGGCCCAGAGUCCCGGCCAGGGCACCUACGCCGACUCUGGAUCCUUUCUGCACUCUUCCGGAGCCGGCUCCCCGGUGUUCGUGGCACCCACUCGCGUGCCCUCCAUGCUGCCGUACCUGCCUUCGUGUGAGCCGGGCUCGCAGCCUCCCGCGCUCGCCGCGCACUCUAGCUGGACGCAAGCAGUUGCUGCUGAUUCCUCAGCCUUCGGCUCCGGAAGCCCGCACCCGCCAGCCGCACACCCACCAGGAGCCACCACCUUCCCGUUCGCUCACAGCCCCCCGGGAUCGGGCAGCGGCGGCAGCGCCGGGGUCCGGGACGGCGGCGCCUUCCAGGGCGCGCUGCUGGCUCGCGAACAGUACCCGACCCCGCUCGGGAGGCCCAUGGGUGCCUCGUACCCUACAACCUACCCAGCAUACAUGAGUCCCGACGUAGCCCCUUCGUGGACCUCCGGACCCUUCGACAGCAGCAUCCUGCAAGGUCUGCAAGGUCUCCCUGGUGGCCUCCCUGGUCGUAGGACAUCCUUCGUACCUGACUUCUUGGAGGAGUUCCCUGGUGAGGGCCGGGAGUGUGUCAACUGUGGAGCCCUGUCUACACCACUCUGGCGCAGAGACGGCACCGGACACUAUCUAUGCAAUGCCUGCGGCCUCUAUCACAAAAUGAACGGGGUCAACCGACCGCUAGUGAGGCCCCAGAAGCGUCUGUCCUCAUCCCGUCGAUCCGGCCUCUGCUGCUCCAACUGUCACACUGCCACCACCACCCUCUGGAGGCGCAACGCUGAAGGCGAACCAGUGUGCAAUGCCUGUGGCCUCUACAUGAAGCUCCAUGGGGUGCCAAGGCCACUGGCGAUGAAAAAGGAGAGUAUCCAGACGAGAAAACGGAAGCCGAAGAACCCUGCCAAAAUCAAGGGCUCCUCAGGAUCCACAGCAAACACCACAGCCUCUUCUCCCACUCUCCUCAACACAGAGAGCUCAGCCACCACUUUGAAGGAUGCCAGUCUGGCAUCUACAGUGUGUGCUGGGCCCACCAUCACCUCCCAGGCCUCCAGCCCAGCAGACGAAUCCCUGGCCUCCAGCCAUUUGGAGUUCAAGUUCGAACCUGAAGACUUUGCCUUCACCUCCUCGACCCUGAGCCCCCAGGCUGGUCUCAAUGGGGUCCUACGUCAGGAGGCCUGGUGUGCUCUGGCCUUGGCCUAGGUGCUUGGGGAAACUGUCACCACAGAACAUCCCAGGAACAGAAGUUAAUUCCUGAACCUGCAGCCCCAGAGAUCCCUCACCACUGUGCUGGGGAAAUUUUCUGUGCUGUUUGCCUGGAGAAAGAAGCAGGCUGGUGGAUGAAGGGUUGGAGCCUCAGCUGGGGUAGUAAUGGACUCUCCAGACCCCUCACAGACCUCUCUGCAGCCAAGAUGACUGGAGAUACCCACCAAUUACUUGAAUUUAGUUCUUGACAUCGAUGGUCAAAAUUUACAGUUUUGUAGCAGCUGGCAAAGGUUCACAGCAUCCCACAGUAAAAUCUGAUCCAAGUGAAACAAACACAGUCCAGGCAGGCAAUAAGAAACAGGGCCUCUGGGCCCUUGAGGUCUUCAUUUCCCGUGUUUGACUCUGUACAGCUGAGAGAGUGCUCUCUUGCUUACGGACGCAUGACUGCCAGAGACCAGUGUACAGGUUGAGCACCAUACCAGGACACCACCCCAAGGUGGACACAUCCCUCCAGCCUGUCAUCACAGACUUCUGUAUUUAUUUGUUUGUUUCCAGAUUGGGCAGUAGAGGGCCUUGUUCUGGCAAUCUGUGUGCUAAGGCAUUUGCUAGUGGGCAGACCCACACAGAGACACUGUUGGAAUUGGGUGAUGUAUGACCUGUGGCCUGGCUCAGCCAACAUCUCAACAGUUGGACACACAGCAUGAAGCAUCCUCUUCAUGCCAGGUCACGUCAGCAGGUGGUGACUCUGCCCAGGGCCUGAAGGUCAGUUCUAAGGCCCUGGUGCGGGAAGGUGACAGGCGGUGGAAGGCAGAGGUGUUCUGUAGGCCACACUCCCAUAGGUCUUAGCCCAUUGGCUGCUUCCUGGACUUUUCAGGCUUCCACUCCCUGGUGAGGAAACCAAGAAGCAAGGGAGUCAAGGGGUCAUCCAACCAUAAAGGCCACCCCUAACCUGUCUCCCGUGUGGACCCUCAAUCCUUCCAUCCAGUUCAGCUUGAGGGAGAGGCAGUGGGUCCUGGUUAGAAGGGGAUCAAGAGGCAGUAGCCUGCAGCAUUUGCAGGCAUCACAGGGGCAAAGGCAAGACAUGCUCCUGUAACUAGCUACAAGUAGGCAUACCGCACCACCCGUGUAUCUGUGGAAGGCAAAGGCCUCGGUGUCUGUUAUCACAUCCCAGAUACUGGAGUAAGGAGAGGGAGGGAACUAGAGACUGGACACAGGCAGCAUGGUGUAAGUCAUCUCCAAGCACCCACACUCCAAGUGUGCAUAGAUGUAGACCAGACCACAGCAGCUGCAUGAGGCUGUGCACAAGGUCUAAGCUCCGUGUCCUCACCUGCAGUGCUGUUCCUAGGCGCUCCGUUUGUCCUAGCUUCAGUUUCCCCUGCUGUGAUGAGAGAGGUGUCUGUGAUCAUAUCCGUAACUCAUGAACCUUUGAAAUGAUACAAGGCACUCACCAACCUAGGGAAGCUUCCUGGACACAGUCACAGUGCAAGGCACAAGACAGACAGGUGACACUCCCUUGGAUGGAGAGGAAGGGAAUUCAGGAGAGAGGGGUAUGAAGAUGUGAGAUCCCUUCCAUGUCGAUUUCUCUGCCUUCCUCCCUUCCUCCCUUCCUCCCUCCCUUCCUCCCUUCCUCCCUUCCUCCCUUCCUCCCUUCCUCCCUUCCUCCCUUCCUCCCUUCCUUCCUUCCUUCCUUCCUUCCUUCCUUCCUUCCUUCCUUUCUUUUGUUUGCUUUGUUUUGCUCUGUUUUUUUUGAGACAGAGUAUUACUAUGUAGCUAUGGCUGUCCUGGAACUCACUCUGUAGACCAGGCUG